AUGGGACGAGGGAGGCCGAAAAAACCGGUUCCUCCGCCUCCAACCUCCGAAUUAAAAACUACUCCGACGAGCAAACCGACUACCAGUAAAACGGUGGCUGACCAAGCAAGUUCGAGUACUAGUGCUACUAUUGUGGUUGAGAAAACCCCCAUUGUUCUCCCUUCUUCUCAUUCGGCUAAUCCUCCGAAUAAUGAAGAUAGGAAACUUUGGGUGGAUGUUCUAAAAGACAACCGCAACCCUGGAAAGGGCAGAUCUAUGAAAUACGUGGCGCCCAAAUUGGUGGAUGGAAACGUUGAAGUUGAGAUUGAGGUUUCUGAUAUUGAAUCUGAACUGAACUUCUGGGCUUCGUCUCUUAUUCUUUAUGUUAUAGGCGGCAACCUCAGUAUGAAUGCCUUGAAGAACUUUAUGACAAGAUCCUGGAAUUUUGUUCCUCUUCCUGAUAUGUAUUACAAUGAAGAGGGUUACUUCAUCCUCAGAUUCAACUCCUUCAGUGAUAGGGAUGAUGUGUUGAUGAAGGGCCCCUACACUAUCCGAAAUAUGCCUGUCCUCAUUAGGGAAUGGAACCCAGAUUUUAAGCUCAAAGAGGAUUUCCUUCGUACACUCCCUUUAUGGAUUAAGUUGCCACAAUUACCUCUAUACCUUUGGGGUGAGAUGAGCUUGAAUAAAAUUGGUAGUGCACUUGGUAUACCAUUGGUAACGGAUGAAUGUACAGCCAACAUGCUUAGAGUAUCUUAUGCGCGAAUCCUGGUGGAAAUGGACAUCACGAAAGAGCUCCCUGAGGAAAUCACAAUUCGAGAUAAAGAUGGUAACAAACUACAGCAAGCUAUUGAAUACGAGUGGAAACUGUAA